AUGUCAGAGGAGGAAGAGACUCUGUCGAACGGAAACAAAGACAGCAUGUACCACGCUCUGACCUACGCCACCAUUCUAGAAAUGCAGGCCAUGAUGACCUUCGAUCCUCAACACAUCCUAGUUGCAGGGAACACCAUGAAGGAGGCACAGGCUAUCUGCCAGAGGCAACGCAAGAAGUCUUCCUUUUCAAAAAACUUCACAGAAGAGGAGCUCCACGCUGAAGUUUGUUACGCCGAGUGUCUCCUCCAGAGGGCAGCGCUCACCUUCCUUCAGGAUGAAAACAUGAUCAGUUUCAUCAAAGGAGGAAUCAAAGUGAGGAACAGCUACCAGACUUACAAAGAGCUUCACACAGUCCUGCAGUCCUCCGGAUACACUCAUGGUGACAACCAUGGGCAUUUUGAGGGUGGCGUGAAACUGGGAGUGGGAGCUUUUAAUCUAAUGAUUUCCAUGCUGCCUACUCGGACACUCAAGCUGCUGGAGUUUGUCGGUUUCUCUGGUAAUAAGGAGUUUGGUCUCCAGCAGCUUCAAGAGGGCUCAGUAGAAAGUACAUUCAGGUCCUUCCUGUGCAACAUGCUUCUCCUCUGUUAUCACACGUUCAUGAGCUUCAUACUAGGCACUGGAGAAGGAGACGUGGAGGAUGCAGAAAAACUGCUGGAGCCAUAUCUUAAAAAAUACCCCAAGGGAUCCAUCUUUUUGUUCUUCGCUGGUCGGAUAGAAGAGAUCAAAGGCAACCUGGAUGCUCUGCUCAGCAAGGAGAACUCAUGGUCCAAGGCUACCUAUGCAUAUAUGAAAGCAGCCUACCUCAGUAUGCUGACUAAGGAUGAUUGCCUAACGUUUGGGGAGACAGCACUUGGUCUGUUCAGGCAGGUCCCAGGGCUUAAGCAGAAAAUAGCAGGAAAGUCUUUACCAACGGAGAAGUUUGCUAUCAGGAAAGCCCGCCGCUACCUGGCAGAAAAUCCCGUACCUCUUCCUGCUCCUCCGCUGGAGAUGAUGUACAUCUGGAACGGUUAUACAGUCAUUGGCAAACACAAAGACUUAACUGAAGGCAUGCUGAAAACACUGGAUGAGGCACAGGCUCAACUUGAAAGUCUACCAAGAACGGAGUUCUCCAUAGAUGAUCAGUGUUUGCUGAGCCUCCUGAAGGGACUGUGUCUCAAACACUUGGGUCACCACGAGGAGGCAGAGCACUACUUUACCCUCGUCCUCUGCAAUGAAAGUCAGAUCAAGUAUGACCACUACCUGGUCCCCAAUGCCCUGCUGGAACAUGGUCUGCUGUGUCUGCAGCAAGGCAGAAAGGAUGACGCUAUCAAACUGCUAGAAACAGCAAAGCAAAAUUACAAAAACUACUCGAUGGAAUCACGGACACACUUUCGUAUACAGGCUGCUUUGCACAAGGCCAAAGGCAGCGGGGAGAAUGGUAUCCAUGUGCCCUCCAGCCCAUAACAAACAGAGGACGGCACACUAAGGAAAGACAGCAUUUGUCUCCUACAGUCUCAUCAUGCCAACACACAGACCAGGACAGACCUGAUUAUUAGGGAAUAAUUUGUUAGUUUUCAUCGAGAGGCUAGGGGAAGAGGCUUUUCCUCAUGUGUGCCACCCUUACAGGCAACCGCAGCUCUGACUGGCUUCGGUGGAUUCGCCCUCUUCCAGAGAUAUAUCCUCAUGAACUUUACUUCCUUCUGAUUUAAAAUGGAGACUAAUUAUGAAAUGUGCCUAUAUUUAUGAAACAUUGCUUCUAGCGGGGUCGUCUGUCUAGCACUGUGGCCACCUGUAAGUGGUGCACUGGAGUACAAAACACAAUCAGAUUUAUUUGGUGUAUAUUCUAAGUUGCCUCUGCUAAUACCCCGAGGGUAGAACAUUCCCGGUGCAGGGUACUGAGUCUGCGAUGUGAUGGAGCCAGAGUACCAAACAACCUUUACAGAAAUGACUGACACUAGCUUCUCCAAGUCAUUUGAUCUGGCUGCUGCAGAGUUUCCCAUUUUUUGUGUAGAAUAUAAAUGAGCGAUUAUUUAAAAAUAAAAAUGACACACAGUGAUGUUUUGUUAAGUCCCUGAGAACUAGUAGAUUCCUUGUAAUUGGUUGCUGAUCAGCAAUAUAAUCAAAAAUGAUAUGUUGUUUAAAUUUUUACACUAAACUUUGGUUUAUUCUGUUUGUCA